CGGAAGAAUCUCGUUAUCGUGCUAAGUAAUCUUUCUUCCUUCUGAAGUUUUGCACAUUGCAAUAAUGCAGCGAUGGCAGGAAGGUUGGGAUGUUCCUUCGUUUGGUUGCUGCUGAGCCUUUUGGGCUCUCCUCAGUCUCGCUCGUGGUUUCAUCAGACAGUCUGUAGUUCAGAGCUGAUCGAGUGUUAUCGACGUUGCCGUUUGAUCCUCGCCAGCUGUCUUUCGGGCUGAGCGACGGCGAUUUGGCAUCGGUUCAGAGCGGACGAGACAGAGUGUUGAUGCGCUUGCCUGUUGGGAUUCUCAAGUCUCUUCAACCUUUUGCUUAGCAAAGGAGCAAGGGAGAGACUGUAUUCCCACAGUCCGACACACACUCUUUGCCUUUAUAUUUUAAGCGAUUAUUGACGAUGAAAGUCACAACAAGGACAAGCAUAUCUCUUCAGAGAACGAUGGCAGGCUUGGCAACAGGUGGAGUGGUGAUGAGGGUGAUUGUAAUUUGAAAACACUUUCCAAUUGGAGGAAAGGACGCGAGUCUAGAAAGAGCAAUGGAAGUCUUGACAGAAAGGAGGAGCAUGUCUGUUCAGAGAAUUGAGGCAGGCUUCGUAAUUGUUGGAGCUACGAUGAGGGUGAUCCUAAUUUGAAGAUGCCUCCCAAGAUGAAGAAAGGACACAAGUCAACAGCGAGUGUUGCAAGUCUUGACAGAAAGGACAAGCAUGCCUCUCCAGAGAUCAAAGGCAAGCUUGGUAGUAGUAGGACCAAUGAUGGGGAUCAUUCUAAAUUGAAAAUGCCUUGCUCGGUAAAGACAACACAGGAGUCUGGUAAGAAAAAAGAAAAUCUUGACAAAAAGGACAAGCAUGUCUCUUCAGAGAACAAAGGCAGGCUUGGUAACAGUAGGAGUAGUGGUGAGGGUGAUUGUAAUGUGAAAACACUUUCCAAGAAAAACAAGUCUGGAAAGAGCAACGGAAGUCUUGACAGAAAGGGCGACCAUGUCUCUUCAAAGAAUGAAGGCAGGCUUAGUAAUCGUGGGAGCUACGGUGAGGGCGAUCCUAAUUUGAAGAUGCCUUCCAAGAAUAAGAAAGCACACAAGUCAACAGCGAGUAUUCUAAGUCUUGACAGAAAGGACAAGCGUGUCUCUCCAGAGAUCAAAGGCAAGCUCAGUAGUGGUAGGACCAAUGGUAAUGGUCAUUCUAAAGUGAAAAUGCCUUGCUUGAUGCAGAAAACACAGGUGUCUGGAAAGAGAAAAGAAAAUCUUGACAAAAAGGACGACCAUGUCUCUGCAGAGAACAAAGGCAGGCUUGGUAACGGUGAGAGUGGUGGUAAGGUUGAUUGUAACGUGAAAACACUUUCCAAGACAAACAAAAGAUGUGAAUCUGGAAAGAGCAACGGAAGUAUUGACAGAAAGGAGAAGCAUGUCUCUUUAAAGAAUGAAGGCAGGCAUGGUAAUCUUAGGAGCGAUGUUGAAGGUGAUCCUCAUUUGAAGGCGCUUUCCAAGAGGAAGAAACAGCGCAAGUCCAGAAAGAAAAAUCAAAGUCUUGAGAACAAGGACGAGCAUGGUUCUUUAGAGAAUGAUGACAGGAUUUGUAAUAGUAGCAACUGUGAUGAGGGUGAUCCUAAUUUGAAGAUGUGUUCCAAGAUGAAGAAAACAGACAAGUCAACAGAGAGGGUUGGAAGUCUUGACAAAAAAGACAAGCAUGUCUCUUCAAAGAUCAAAGGCAAGCUCGGUAGUAGUAGGAUCAAUGGGAAGGGUCAUUCUAAAAUGAAAAUUCCUCUCUUGAUAAAGAAAACGCAGGAGUCUGGAAAGAGAAAAGAAAAUCAUGACAAAAAGGACGAGCAUGUCUCUCCAGAGACUGAAGGCAUGCUUGGUAACCGUAGGAGUGGAGGUAAGGGUGAUUGUGAUUUAAAAACACUUUCCAAGUGGAAGAAAAGAUGUGAGUCUGGAAAGAGCAACGGAAGUCUUGACAGAAAGGAGGAGCAUGUCUCUUCAAAGAAUGAAGGCAGGCUCGGUAAUAGCAUGGACCAUGAUGAUGAGAGGAUGAACCUAAAGAAAACUGUUGUUGGUGGCAUUCCUGGGCGUUGGAUUGGUAAAGUCUUUGUAUCAAAUACAGAAAUCACUAGAAGAAGCAAUGGCACCAUUGUCCUUGAGGGCUUUUAUGAAGGUCGAUCUGUUGCAGUGAAGCGCCUUGUCCUGGCUCGCCAUGCUGUUGCUUUACAAGAAAUAGAGUCUCUGACAGCCUCUGACCAAGACCCAAACAUUGUUCGGUUGUAUGGAGCAGAGUGUGAUCAGGAUUUUGUGUAUCUUGCUUUGGAGCGUUGUGCUUGCAGCUUGGAUGACUUAAUACGAGCACAUUCAAAUUCUUCAGAGAAAUCUGUCUUCCCUCGUGACCCAGCAUCAAAUGCCAUGCAAUUGGAUUUGGUUGAGGGGACGAUGCUGGAUGUUAACUUGUGGAGGGAAGAUGGCCAUCCCUCACCUUUGCUAAUCAAACUGAUGAGGGAUGUGGUCUCAGGACUGGUCCAUUUGCAUCGCUCGGGAAUAAUUCAUCGAGACUUAAAGCCUCAAAAUGUUUUGAUCACUAAGGAAUUAUGUGCCAAGUUAUCUGAUAUGGGCAUUAGUAGACUCCUCCCUGGGGAUGCAUCUUCCUCAGAAUAUCUUGUUUCUGAUUGUGGCAGAUCGGGAUUGCAAGCAUCUGAACAACUUUGUCCUGCGCAGCGUAUGUGCUCAGUCGAUGCAUUUGGUCUUGGUCGUGUCUUGUUUUUUUGCGUCACUGGCGGAAGACAUCCAUUUAAAGACAGUCUAAAGGGCAAAAGUAAUAUUGAGAAGAACACAAUGGAUUUGUCCCCAGUGGAAUUUAUGCCAGAAGCUGCAGAUUUGUUUGCUCGUUUACUGAACCCCAAUCCUAACCUGAGGCCAAAGGCAUUGGAGGUGCUUCACCAUCCACUGUUUUGGGAUUCAAAGAAGAGACUGUCCUUUCACCGAGAAAUCAGCGACUGGGUACAACCGAAAGCUAGGGGGGGAACUGACCCUGAUCUUCUGGAAAAAUUGGAAAGCAUUGCUCAGCGUGUUUUCGACGAGGAAUGGAAUGGAAAGAUAGAUUGUGAAUUCAUUAAGCACAUGGGUAAGUUCAAGGCCUAUGAGUUUAAAAAGGUCACAGACUUGUUGCGAAUUGUGCGAAACACGUUUAGCCAUUACAGAGAACUUCCACCAGAAAUUCAGGAGAUCGUCGGAACAUCUCCUGAGGAUUUGGAUAGCUAUUUCACGAGACGAUUCCCCAAACUCUUGAUCGAAACAUACAGAUUCGUCUCCAUGUGUGGUGAAGAUGAUCGCUUUCCAGAGUACUUCAACCAGUGACUGCAACGGUUUAUCGGCAGGGCACUUUGCAAUAAUUCAGGUCAAUGACCGCAGUUUGAGGAUGGUUGAUUUCGGCAUCGCAUAUAAAGAUGUCAUUACACACUUGGAAGAAUAUACAGUAUAGACAUGUUUGUAUAUGUUUGUAUGAUGAAAAUAUGGGAUGUAAGAGAUGAUCAUUAGCAUGUACAGUCAGCUACAAUAUAUCAAGUCCUUGUCAUGGGUAGGUUAUGAUAUAAGUCCAAUGCGUUAAAUGCCAUCCUGAGGCAACUGAUUCCUGCCUAAAUAUGCCUAACAGAGAAGGCAGGAUUUUCAGAA